AUGGGGCUGAAGUCCCAAUCGGAUUUCGACAUCAGAACAAAGUUGCUAAGCAAGCUAGACACCGAAGCUGAUACACUCACACUUGAUGCUUUGUCAAAAGAGUGUCAACGUCUAAUAAACUUAAAAGCUGACACAAAUCUUGUUGAAAAUCCGAAGGGCGAAGUCCAGCAUAAAUGUGAGCAAUGCAUUACAGUUGGUCACAAAGAGGGCUACUGCUAUUCGAAGAAAAAUGGGCAAAACUCAAAGCAGAAGCGCAACAACAAAGGCAAAGGGUCCCACUUGCAGUCGAAAAGUAUUUUCGUCUCCAAUAAAAUCGAAUCAGCUCAACGCAAAUACGUCAGCGUUCUAAUCAAUGGCACGAAAUUGGAUUUGCAGUUUGACACUGCAUCGGACAUAACAAUAAUAUCGGAAAAUAAUUUCCAGAAGCUAAAUGUGUCAAACACAUCCGCAGUCGAGCAUUCAGCUCGUAGCGCAACAGGCGCCACACUGCCUCUGUCAUUGCAGUUUGAUUGCAACGUCGAACUCAAACAGCAGCGAGCAGAGCUAACAUGUUUCGUCACACCAAUCAAAAAUCUGAAUGUAUUGGGCCUCGAUUGGAUUACAGCUUUCAACCUCGACAACAUGUCUAUCAAUGCCAUUUGCAAUAUCUUGGCAAUGGAAAAUCGGGGAAGUGUAACUCCUAAUAUGCAAUCACAAAACAUUUCACUUCUUAAGCAAUCUUUUCCAGAUGUGUUCGACGAAAAACUGGGCCUGUGCAGUAAAACAAAAGCGCACUUGGUAGUUAAACCCGACCAUAAACCAAUUUUUCGACCAAAGCGACCGGUAGCCUAUGCUAUACAGCAUCUCGUUGAGGAAGAAUUGCAAAGACUUCAAGACAUUAAUGUCAUCUCACCAGUCAACUACUCCGAGUGGGCAGCGCCGAUUGUCGUUACAAAGAAGUCCAAUGGCAGCAUACGCAUUUGCGCCGACUUCUCAACAGGUUUAAACACCGCUCUCGAAACACAUCAGUACCCGCUCCCUCUACCUGAAGACAUUUUUGCAAAGCUAGCGAACGCUAAAUAUUUUAGCCAUAUAGACCUUUCUGAUGCUUUCCUCCAAAUUGAGGUAGAUGAAGGCUCAAAGGAACUUCUUACAAUCAAUACGCACUUGGGUUUAUUCCGCUACAACCGCAUAAUCUUUGGCGUCAAAACUUUUCCUGCCAUCUUUCAACAAGUUAUGGACAAAAUGCUUAUUGGUCUGGAAUACGCCGCAGAGAUCAAAUCGAACAUGACAGGAACGUUUUCAGUGACUGAAGUUAGGUAUCUGGGCUAUAUAAUUAGUCAAUACGGACUUCAGGCAGAUCCGGAGCGUGUCUCAGCAAUCAAUGGCAUGCCAGAGCCAAACAAUAUCGCUGAACUGCGUUCGUUUCUUGGCGCCAUAAACUAUUACGGGAAGUUCAUAAACAAAAUGCGUCAGCUCAGAGGUCCACUUGAUGAACUUUUGAAGGCGAACACGAAGUGGCAAUGGACUCAAACUCAUCGAAAAUGCUUCAACAGUCUUAAAGAAAUACUUUCCUCAAAUCUGCUUUUGACGCAUUACGAUCCGCAAAAGAAAAUCAUUGUUGCCGCGGAUGCGUCAAACUACGGACUAGGGGCCUGCAUUAUGCAUGAGUUUCCCGAUGGCUCAGUCAUAAGAUGA